UUCGUACUACGAAGGAUGUUCGACAAUAAAAAGUGAAAGCAGUUCCUAACAUAACACCCCUUCGGUUUUUCCCAAGUCGGGUAAAAAAUAAUCGAAAAAUAAAAUAGUGCAAUGAAAUUCAAAUAAAGAAGAUUCGUGAUUGGUGGAGACUUUGUGUUCGGAAUUUGAACUGGCCAAUCGCGUGUUGUUGGCAAUGAGCGGGAAGACUCGUCGGCGUCUGCGCACUCCGGUAUGACUGUAGCGACACGAAAACGUCACGCUGCUGCCACAAUAUGAUAAAGCGCAGUGCAAUGGCGGUCCGGUGAUGGCGGAUGGGUGCGCGGGAGCGGGCGAGUGCGCGGCGCGCGGUGCGGCUUUGGAGCGAGCGUAUGUCCACGACGUGUACGAGCAGGCGGGCGACAGCGGGGACGACGCGCCGCGCCCGCCUGCGCCCGCCGUGCGCGCCUUCCUCGCGGACCUCGAGCCCGGCAGUCUCGUGUGCGACGUCGGAUGCGGCAACGGCAAAUACCUGAGUGUGAAUCCGUCCGUGUUCGCGGUGGGAGGGGACCGGUGUUCCAGGCUCACCACGCAUGCGCGACACCACCAGAACGAAGUGGUGGUAUGUGACAACCUCUGCCUGCCGUUCCGCGAUGAGUCGUUCGACGCGGUGUUGUCCAUCGCAGUGGUGCACCACUUCGCGACAGUGGAGCGACGCGCCAUGGCGCUGCGUGAGCUCGCCAGGGUGACGCGCAUCGGCGGCCGGCUGCUGCUCACCGUCUGGGCUAUGGAGCAUGAAGGGCGGAACUUCCAUUCACAGGACGUGCUGAUACCGUGGCACCGGCCGGCGACGCUGUGCCCUCCUCCACCGGCGCCGAGGUUCCUCUCAGUCGAUAACGACCAAAACGCAGAGCCUUGGAAGAGCCGCGACGGUUCCCCAGGGUCCUCAUCCUUGUCAUCGCCCAACGAAACCUGCUACUCGUUUGUACGACGUGCUCUCCAGAGACUCGCUGGACGCCGCUCGUUCCUGCCCUCGUGGGGCCUAGCCAGGGUCCCCCCGAGGCCCUGCGUCCGCCCAGAACCACCCGCUGCUGACCUUCCCAUAGAGCUCAGAAGGCUAGACGAAGCCCUACCACCACGACUCAUCCCACAAAACUCUGACACGUCAACCUUGAAAUCCAGAAGUCUCACUGACAUCGCCGAUAUCGACACUCGAGCACUAAUCCGAUCUAGAUCCAGCUUACCCAGCUUAGGUAUAGAAGAAAUUGAACCUACGCCAAAAGAAAACCCAAUCCCAGAAGCACCUGAGCCGCGAAAGAAACCUCGCCUCGUCAAACAGAAAAAGUCAAUAAACGAAGACGAUGCAGACGAGGAUCUCGACAAACCUACCGACAUGAAAAGUUUGGUCGAAGAAAUGCCUAAUUUUAAAGUCCAUACGAACAGGUUGCAGUCGAGAAAGCCUGGAGUUUUUAAACAGACGUCACUAAAUGAAGAACUUAUGUCUGUCGAACGGUUAAGGGAAAAAGAAAGAUUACGAAAGAACAUACAAAAACAAGCUUCACUUAACGAAGAGUAUUUAUACAGACGUCCAGGUGCCUUGGAUUCAAUACGUGAUUCAAUAUUUUCAACGUCAGCGACCACCGCUAAAAAGUUUCAGUCACUGAAAAACGGCCUCACUAGUAAGUUCAAAACGUCUACAACGAAUAUUGAUAAAGUAACGGUAUUCGUCAGAAUGCUUCAAGGAUGGAAGAGUCACGGGCCGGUGCCUGAAGUUCCUACACCCAGCGAAAAUAACCCUGGAAGCGAGAAAAAUUACCCUGAGAGACGCCAUUCGAGGGAGGACGGUUCUGACUCAUCUAAAGACAGUAGUCUACAAAGCGACACAAGUGUGGACUCAGAGGAUAGCUUUGCUUCUGUAAUAUACGUUCCGAAGGCAGACGGUUCAGGAGAUCCUCUAUCACCGACGCCGCUAUCACCAGGGCCGACUUCACCUCGACUAAAAGUGUCUUCGGUACCAACAUCUCCCAGACUGAAGAGUUCCCCGGGGCUGCCAUCGCCGAGAAUAAAACAAGCCUUCCCGCUAAUUCGGCCGCCAGCAUCGCCUAGCGCCGUUCAAACUCCCGGUUCUGUAAACAAAAUAUUAGUAGCUCAGUACAGUUUGAAAAACUAUUCGACAACGAAUACUAUGUGUAAUAUUCCAUUGAAACCUCAAUCAAAGAGCCAGCCAAAUUCACCGCCUAAAGGUGAAGCUGAAGAGAAAAUUAUUAAACCUGAACCUGAACCCAUAAUAAAUAAAAAUGUUUCAAUGGAUUUAUUUGAAGAAAUUGAUCAUCCAAUACCACCUAUACUAGAAGAAGAGGAAACUCCUACUGAAGUGACUAAGGAACUUAUUGCAGAAAUAAAUAAAGAUAUAGAAGAAAUACACAAACUCACAGCUGAAACGAAUCACCUGAAACCUCGAAUCGUGUUGCAGGAUAUUAAACCAUAUCCGAAAAUAACUUUACAAACGGUGGCAGAACUUCCAGAGAUUCCGCAGUACAAGCCUAAAGAACCAAACAGAUCCCCUACUGAUACUUUAGAUUCGCGAUCAUCUGAUCGAAAGCGAAAAGAAAGGAUUCGUCAGAUAAAGGAGAUGCUAAAUAAGGGCAUCCCAGGCGCAAACAUUGGUAGAAGAUCAGGCUUUCCAAUCGUUCGCACCAGCAAAGCAGAUCAAUUUGCCAAGAGCCAUCCUAAACUGAUGUCGCUAGAACUAUUCAAUCCGGCUACAGACGACAUAGAUAGUGAUUCCAGCGGUGUGUCUUCGCCAGAUUCAGUUGACAGUGUUAUAAGCGUAGUGCCCGAAGAGCUCCGAAAAACUGCAAUUGAAAAAGACCUAGAGAAGAAAGAAGAAUCUUGUAAUAUUAUCAACAUUGUAACAACAACUGAAAAAUCACCUUCGGUUUCCCCGGUUCCACAAACUUUGAUAGAGGCGGCCGCAGAAGUUGCUCAUUCUUUGGAUGAAACAUGUGAGACUGUUAUUCAAUCCAGUCCAAGAUCGAAAAGAAAACAUCUGGAAAAACUAGAAAGCGCUGAAGCAAUGGCUAUCGUUCAAGGAGCUUCUAGCAGCAGCAGUAGUAGCAAUUGGAGCCUAAAUAAAUUGUCUCCUGGCGAUCUAAGAAUAUUGGAAGAUAGAUCGCGAUCUUCUCAUACAAGUUCCAGUGGAAGUUCUUCGAGUUUAGAGCGGCUCUCACCAGGAAGGAGGUCUAAAGACAGGUCGCCGAAACAAGGCAGUACCAGCAACUCUACCUGGAGUCUAAAUAGACUGUCUCCUAAUAGGCCCGAGGGACGGUCUCUUGACGAGAAUCUUGGCAGAAACCACAGAAGUCCCACUAGACUGUACGAUUCAGUUUCAAUAUCCAGUACUGAUUCUGAAAAGUCAAUUUCUAAAUCGGAAAGUUUCAACCGGAUACAAAAUGAGCCAUUGGUGACGUGUAAAUCGGACAUGUUAGCAAAAGACGAUGUUUGGGCCGACCAAGACCGCGGUGAACAUCUUACAGAAUUUGCUGAGAAACUCAGCGAAAAAUUGCUACAAGAAAUAGAUCAAUACUCAAAACGAAUCAACGAGGAAGAUUUCGAUCUACCAAGCAGCAGUAGUAGCGAAAAAAGCAUUUCUCUCAGACUUAAACGGGAGGAAGAAGACAGAAAUACACAAAAGAUAUUAGACGAGUUAUCAGACAGCUUGCAGCACCUUGAAGAUCCUUAUCUCAACAAAAAUAAGGCAGAUUUACAUGGUUCUGGUAAACUGAGUUCAGACAUUCAAGAAAGAAUAAAAUACGUAGCGGCCCUGAAUGAGACACAAGAGACUGAUAUCACCAAACUGUUUCCUAAGUGUGGCACUAAAGUAAAGAGUAAGAAAAGGUCAAGAGACGUUGAUCCUAUUAUAAACAAAUAUAGAGAAUUAAAGAGGUCUCUAAAAGUGGCAAGCGAAGAAGACAUUUAUCUCAAUAAUUGUGCCAACGUCCAGUACAAUACAAAACCUACUCUAGAUGAUAAAUUACCCGACAUAGACACUAAAAACCCCGACGAUGACAGUGCGAUAUCCUCGACCAAUGGCAACCCAGAAAUCACUAUAGAUUCUGGUCAAUCUUACGAUACAAGUCAAUCGCUUGAAACUGGCUACUCUUUGGAGUCUGAAAUCAGCGUAGAUUCGUUAUGUACGAGCACAGAUAAAAGAUCUUCCCUAAAAGUCGGCCAAUCAACGGACUCCAGCGACUUGGACAAGAUGGAAAUCAGUCCAGAGUCCAUAACUUCACGAUCCAGUACCAGUACAGCACCUUUGAAGUCAGGAUUUUCUAUAGAAUCUAGCGACACGUCAGCGGGUAGCGAUUGGAGUCGACGGGAUAAGACUGGUAGUACUGCGUCCUUGGGCUGCGCUAGUUUGGCUUCGUUGCCAUCGUGUAGUGAGUGCUCGAAGGAGAGGAAAUUGCUGGAGACGCGUUCGUCGUCAGAAGAUACGGCUGCAGCUUCGGCUGUGCCCGUCCGCGCCGGGCCGCACGCACCGCUGUUGCCUUCUCUAAGCGACGGGUCUGACAGCCUGCCGUCAGAAGGAGGCGCGGUCACCUACCAUAGAUACUACCACGUCUUCAAACGAGGCGAACUCGACCAACUCAUCGAAAAGUACGUAGAAAGCCUUCACGUGGUAUCGUCUUACUACGACCAAGCCAGCUGGUGUGUGAUAGCUGAAAAAGUUCAAGUUUGGACCAUUUAAUACGUUCUUGGUUAAGCACUUCUCGCUGCUGUUUCAAGGUUUGCGUUCGCUGGAGUUAUGGUUGGCUAUAACUUAACACUUACUUUCCUUGACGACAUCUUAUGAAAUAGUGAAAAUUAUAAAGAACAUUACAUAACCUAUAAAGACACUCUAACAAGUGCAGUGAUUAUAACCAAGUGACCUUCCUAACGAACUCUAGCGAGUGUUAAGGACAUUCAUCAAACGGAUCUUAAAGGUAUGUUACCCUAUUCAAAAUAUGCCAAAAGCAAAGCUUUUGUUUUUUAAAUUAUAUUCUAGUCACUCUAUACUGGUUUAAUAGUUGUUAUAAAUUUAAAUUCUGCCGUUUGCAGAGUGCGGCCUUUCGAGCUGUGCUGUGCUGUGGCAUUUAUAGUAUUCUAUGCGAGAUUAGAACUCGUAUGAAAUGAAAACUAAGAGCUUUAAAUAGUGAAAAAUUUAAAUAUAUACUUCAGUGGCUCAAUAUAAUAUAAGCUAUUCAUAGCUUAUUUACUAUAUCUACAAUUCACGUAUACCUUUCCUACAGUCGUAUAAUGUAACUUUGGCUGGAUAUACCAUAUACAAAUACCAACAAUUACUAAGUGCUUAAUAACUAUAUUAAGUCAGAUUAUUGCCCUAAUACUAAAGAUUUCGGCAGCGGCGGCCCUAGCAAAAUAUUUAGGCGAGAUCUCAAAGAGGCACCGCCAGCCCCUUAUAACCACCCGUUAUGAGCAAUCUAACCCGAUGAAGUUAGUUUGCGGCCAGGGUGAACCAGACUUGUUUGAUUUUGGCGAAGCCGUUUUUUUGGUGCGCCGAAGCCUUAACACCUUAAGAGGGUAAGUGGUAAUACGUUUCCAUAGCGAUUCCUUAGCGUUGUAAGUUGUAACCUGCACGAAUCGAGACGCCUCGCAGAUACGUGCAGAUCCCGACGCCAUUUUGGUUUAUUUCUUUAAAAUAAACCGUUAAAACGCUACGCCGUUAAAUAAAAAAAUUGAUAUUUCCAUAAUAAAAAUCAAUUAGCACGACACGAUGCACUCACACAAUUACAUUAAAUAUAAAAAAGAAAAAUAUAUUUAAUUUGGACGGGUUAUACUCAUAGCUGGGCAUUAACUCGUUAAUCCGUUAAUCGUUAAUUAACGAAGUUAACAUUUUGAUUAACGGAUUAACUUUUAAGUUAACUUUUAAAAAUGUUAACGGACACGUUAACUUCCGUUAAUAUGCAGAAGUCCGUUAAUCGUUAAUCCAAUGCCUACUAUUUACCACACGGCACCACGGCGCGGCGCGAAAUACAGGUUCAGACGAGUAUGAAACGAAACGUAUGACAGCAGUUGAGUGGACGCAGUAAAAAAGUGUAUGAAAAAAAGGUAGAAGAUGCCUUACGACAAGAAGCAGUGGAAAAUUCGAAAGACAGAGAUAGUUUAAGUGGCGGUGGGAGCAAUGCGAGUAACAACGAUGAUUUGAUGACUUUUUCAGUUCUGUCACUCAGUCUAAGGAAAACCCAAAGAGCUCCAACUCUUUACAGAGUAAAGCGUAAUGUCCAUGGACAUGGAAUCAAAAGACUCGUUCAACGAACAGAUAUUCAUAAAUGUAUUUAUUAAAUACAAUACUGCUCAAGCACUAAUACUGUUCAAGCGCUGCAGUUGAACGUCUGUUUUCCACGGGUAAAGACAUUUUAACACCAAAAAGAGCCUCAGAUGAGAACUUCGACAUGUCAUGAAGGGGAAUAUGCACCUUAUGCCCGACAAAGUACUUUGUUUUAUUUCUAACCUGUUAACUUCCAGAACCUAAACCAACAAGUUUUAUAAGUUCACUAACGCAACGCAAUAAAUAUGCAAUUUUACACAUACCUAUUAACGGAUUAACGAUUAACGUUAACUUGCGUUAAUUCUUCCGAAAUGUAACGUUUUAACGUUUAACGAAGCUAACUUUUUUUGUAGCGGAUUAACGAUUAACGAAGUUAACUAUUUGAUUAACGGUGCCCAGCUAUGGUUAUACUUAUACACGACUACGUAAUCGCUGCGCAAUCGAAACGUUAUUACUACUUGCCUAACCUCAGUAGUUCCAGUAAUAAUAAUAAAAAAAGUUUAUUUAGGUAAAACCUACGACACACAUAUACAUUUACAACAUUAAAAUAUGUCUACACACUUUAAUAUUUAGUUGGAAAACAUAAAGGUAUAUGGUUGCCGCAGCUCACCAAAAAAGGCCAGGGUUCAGUGAAUAUUUACCCAGAGGGCAACACUGAUAUAUCACAGUCCAGACACAGUCCAGUCUGUGUGUCACAGUUCCAGUCUCCAGAUAUAUUUAUUAUAAUAACUAUUAAGUAUAUGACAAUAAACAUGAAUAGCAAUCAUAUUAUUGUAAUUGUUUGGUGUUCGUUUAUGGUAUAGCGGUAUUUAAUUGUCAUUAUAUCCGAUAAUGUUUAAGUUACAGUAUUACGCACAUUGUAUCCAUUAUUAGUCACACUUAAUGUCAAGAUUCCUUAUUUGUAUGUAUUUGUCGCGUAAAAUUAGUUACGACAGUUUCAUAUAUAAUAAACCCGCAGUUUUAUAUAAAAACUUAUCAUAAAAUGUACAAUAGUUAAUUAACGAUAUUUAUAAACGAAUUACAACUUAUAUUGCGCCUUAUCAAUGUAUCGACCUACGUGUAAGAUAUAAUAUUCAGGGUAGUUUCCAACUAGUCAAAUCAGUUACUUGUUUCCAAACGUCAAAGAAGAAAUGACAAUUGAAUUUUGAAUAAAAUAAACAUGUGACGUUAUGACGCUAAGCUUUUCUAUGGAAAAGCUUGACAAAAUAUUGCACUUAUCAUUAUAUUUUUCUUUAUUAAAAUUCAUAAAUAGGUUAAAUAGAAAAAAGAAUGAGUGUUUUCUGACACCUUUAGAUCUGUCUUUAUUUAAUAAAAUAAUCAGAAUGUCAUAAUAUAUCUUUGACCUAGGAAACUACCCAAUUCUAUAGCUAUCUAUAGAAUUUAUAAGUGGGGACGACCGUAUGGAGGAUUUUGACAUAUUGUGUGACUUGAACAUAGUUUACAAGCAGAAAUGGGCUCUAUAAGAAUAGCGUAUGGGUCCAUAGUACUGUACAACCCAGAUAUUGCUGCAUUGUACUUAUAAUUCAUACUAAUUGGACCAUUUAGUGAGAGGUAGACAUCGUAGACGCGUAUUGUUCCCCGCUGCUAGCAUUCGUAAUACUUGAAAGUACAAAUACAUGCAUAAAUCAAUUCGUUUAAUACUCAAUAUAUUAUGUAUAAUCAAUAAGUACUUUAUAAAUACUGAGCCUUAAC